AGAAUGAAGAAGCUCACUGGAACGUUUCGCAACACACAAUGGGACCCGUACUUGCUGAUCUCGCAAAUCGCUGCAAUGCAGGCACUGCUGUACGUUAGCCUCGGGACGAUCAUGUACGUGAUGGACUUUUUCGCCGAGGCUAAUCAUACACUGGAUCAUAUCUUUGAGUAUCACGAAAUUCACGUUACCGAUCUCGGCGGACGAUUGGUUAUCGUUGCCUUCAUACUCAACUCCUUGGUCGGUGCCGGGUUGCUAUGGUUUGUCGUGCGGCGAACGAAGCUGUGUUUAGAUUUUAGCUUUACCUUCCAUUUCACUCACCUGGUGAUUUGCUGGUGGUACAACGAGGCCUUCCCAUCGACUAUCGGUUGGUGGAUGCUAAAUGCGGUUUGUACCGCACUGAUGUGCGUAUGUAGCGAGUUUCUCUGCCUCAAGACGGAACUGAAGGAGAUCCCUGUGGGUUACACGGCACUGAACAACAAGGUCGAUCUGUGAAUUGUAGCCUGUUACGCAGCCUUGUUGUAAUGAGGUUUCGCGGGAAAACACGUUUUCCGUUUGGCUACAACGUUCCAUAGUAAAGCAGGGGGUAUUCGAACGCCAUGGCUUCAGGGAUAUUGAUUCCGGGUGAUUAAUAGAUUUUUGUUGUACAUUACUCAAGCUUUAUAAGUAAAACUAAAUGAUAGGAUCCUUUUUAAUUUAUGUUUCGUACUAAAACAAA